AUAAGUAUCGAUGCUAAAGGUUUCAUCUCUAACCGCACGACGAAAAGAAUUAAAUAAUUGUUUAACGAACGAAAACUUUGCAUUUCCAGCAGAAAUGCUUGCCUUUUUAAGGAUACGCAGUGUGGCUUUGCCCGCCGGAAACAUUCGUGUGUUGUCCUCCAAACUCUUGUCCACCAAAAAUGGCACAGAUUCCAUCGGAAGCCGGUCGGAAUCGACAAAAGCUCAUUAUGAUAUUAUCAUUGGCGGUGGAGGACUAGUUGGCACCACUUUGGCCGCAGCUCUGUCCAGCAAUCCGACCCUGGCGGACAAGAAGGUUCUGCUCCUUGAAGGAGCUCCCGAAUUUAAAGGCUUUGAUCCAGCUGGGCCGUACCAAAAUAGAGUUUCCGCCAUCAACAAGAACUCCAUCGAGUUGUUCAAAUCCAUAGAUGCUUGGUCGCACAUUGAGGCCGCCAGGUACAAGCCGGUCAAGCAGAUGCAGGUGUGGGAGUCCAACACGGACGCCCUCAUCCAAUUCCAGCACGACAACUUCGCAAGCGAUGUGGCUUGUAUCAUAGAAAAUGAUUUGAUUCUGGACGCAGUCUAUGCGAAGGUAAAGGAUGCCCCUAAUGUGGAGAUCCAGAACAAGGCCAGGAUCCAGUGCGUCCGCUUGCCGAAGGACUCGCAAUCUCAACUCUCUGAACUGGAACUGCAGGACGGGCGUACCUUUUCCUGUGACUUGCUAAUCGGAGCUGACGGAGCCAAUUCUGUGGUGCGAAAGGAGAUGGGCGUGGAUGUUUUCUCCCUCAACUAUGAGAGAAUGGGUCUGGUGGCCACUUUGGACCUGGGAGAUGAUGCUUGUGAUAACUCGGUGGCCUGGCAGAGGUUCCUGCCUACUGGUCCUGUCGCCUUGCUGCCCUUGACCGACAGACUAAGCUCUCUGGUUUGGAGCACCACCAAUGAGCAGGCGAAGAAACUGCAAUGUCUUCCUCCGAAUGAGUUUGUGGAUGCCUUAAACGAGGCCUUCUGCCGGCAGUAUCCGAGAGUGGAGCUGGCCGAUAAGGCAGUCCAGGCACUAAACACCUUUUUCGGGCAUAAUGCCACGCAGCACCAAGUUCAGUAUCCCCCGAAGGUUUGUGGUGUCAAGGAGAAAUCGCGAGCCACAUUCCCUCUUGGAUUUCUCCACGCAUCCUCCUAUGUUUGCAGUGGAGCAGCUCUCGUAGGAGAUGCGGCCCACCGAAUCCAUCCACUGGCUGGUCAAGGCGUCAAUCUGGGCUUCAGCGAUGUGAGGUACCUUGUGGAGUGUCUGGCAGCUGGUGCCUAUGCGGGAUUCAAGCUGGGCGACAAGCAACACCUCAUCAAGUAUGAGCGUAAAUGCCUCAAGAAGAAUGUGCCUAUCAUGCUGGGUGUCCAUGGACUCCACACCCUCUACUCGACGGAUUUCAGUCCGGUGGUUCUGUUCAGGAGUCUGGGCCUGCAGCUCACGCAGAACCUACCGCCCAUAAAGAACUUAUUCAUGCGCGGCGCAAUGGGGCAGUAAAAGGUUGACACACAAGGGGGUUUACAAAUCGUUAGUUUUUAUAGUUUUUCACAUUACUGGUGAAUGGAAUAAAGUGAGAUUUUGUAUCAA